AUGGCCUGCGCCCGCCUAUCUCAGGCCCGCAUCCCUGCCGCCGCCGCCGCCGCUGCUGUGUGGCUCCUGUGGGCGCUUGCCUUCCCAGGCGUCGAGGCCGGGCCGCCGCCCUUGACCACCGGGCCGCCGGCCGGAGCUGCCUGCCUGGAUCUCUUUACCACCGGGGUGCCUGCCUUCGUGCUCGACACCGAGGCCUCGGUCAGUAAUGGGGCCACCUUCCUGGGCUCCCCCACCGUGCGCCGCGACUGGGACUGCGUCCGCGCCUGUUGUGCUACACACGACUGCAACCUGGCGCUGGUGGAGCUGCGGCCCAACGGCCUGGAGGACGACACCCCCUCGUGCUUCCUCAUGAACUGCCUCUACGAGCAGAACUUCGUGUGCAAGUUCGCGCCCAGGGAGGGCUUCAUCAACUACCUCACGCGGAAGGUUUACAGCUCCUACCGGGAGCUUCAAACCCAAGGCUUUGGAGGGUCUCGAGUCCCCAGGGCCUGGGCAGGCAUGAAUUUGAAGGUACAACCCCAGGAGCCCCUGGUGCUGAAGAGUGAGGAGAACACAGAUUGGCACUUAGUGCAAGGUGCCACGGAUAUCAGGGUAGAGAAAAAUGACCCGGACCAGGUGGAGCUGUGGGGACUCAAGGAAGGCACCUACCUCUUCCAGCUGACAGUGGCCGACUCAGAUCAGCCAGAUGAUACUGCCAACGUCACAGUCACUGUGCUGUCUGCCAAACAGACAGAAGAAUAUUGCCUCGCAUCCUACAAGGUGGGCCGCUGCCGGAGCUCCUUCCCCCGCUGGUACUACGACCCCACAGAACAGAUCUGCAAGAGUUUUAUUUAUGGAGGUUGCUUGGGCAACAAGAACAACUACAUUCGGGAAGAAGAGUGCAAGCUAGCUUGCCGGGAUGUACAAGGUAGGCCUUUGAAGGCAGCUUUGGGGCUCAGUUGGCAUGCCCUCAGGGAUGGUGGCCCCUCAAUGGAAAGGCACCAUCCAGUGUGCUCUGGCACCUGUCAGGCCACCCAGUUCCGCUGUGGCGAUGGCUGCUGCAUCGACAGCUUCCUGGAGUGUGAUGACACCCCUGACUGUCCUGAUGCUUCCGACGAGGCCACCUGUGAAAAAUACACCAGCAGCUUUGAUGAGCUCCAGAGCUUCCAUUUCCCCAGUGACAAAGGCCACUGCGUGGACCUGCCAGACACAGGACUCUGCCAGGAGAACAUCCCCCGCUGGUACUACAAUCCCUUCACUGAGCGCUGUGCCCGCUUUACCUAUGGUGGUUGUCAUGGCAACGAGAACAACUUUGAGGAGGAGCAGCAGUGUCUUGAGUCCUGUCAAGGCAUCUCCAAGAAGGAUGUGUUUGGUCUGCGGCGGGAAAACCCCAUCCCCAGUGCAGGCUCCGUGGAGGUGGCCAUUGCAGUGUUCCUGGGUGCCUGCAUCUUGGUGGUGGUAGCCAUCCUGGGUUACUGCUUCUUCAAGAACCAGAGGAAGGGCUUCCGCAGACACCAUCACCACCGCCCCCCGCCCCCCACCCCUGCCAGCUCCACGGUCUCAACCACUGAGGACACAGAGCACCUGGUCUAUAACCAUACCACCCGACCCCUCUGA